CUGGGGCAGAGGAGGAGGAGGAGGGACGGAGAGCGGUGGUGGGGUCGAGAGGACAGAUGCAAUGGGGGAGGGGAAGGAAUGGCGCAAAUGUCCGGGCGAUUCGGGAGGACGCCCCUUUCGUACGCCUCUCCUCCGAGGAGAGAAGCCAUGGCGGCGGUGUUUCUGCCCGGGAAUCUCCAAGAUGAAGCCACUUGCUCCGUCUGCCUGGAGUUUUUCAAGGACCCGGUGUCCAUCGAGUGUGGGCACAACUUCUGCCGGGCUUGCAUCAUCAAGAGCUGGAAGGACCUCGAGAUGGACUUCCCCUGCCCGCAGUGCAGGGAGGUCUUCCAGCAGAAGAGCCUCAGGCCCAACCGGCAGCUGGCAAACAUGUCUGAGAUCAUCAGCCAGUUCACGCUGCGAGGGGCGAAGGGAGCCGAGGAGGACGGGCUCUGCGCAAAGCACAGGGAAGCCCUGAAACUCUACUGCAAGGACGACCGGAGGACCAUCUGCGUCGUGUGCGACAGGUCCCGGGAGCACCGGCCUCACGCUGUGGUACCCAUCGAUGAGGCGUCCGAGGAGUACAAGGAGAAAAUCCAGGGCCGCCUGGAUUUCCUGAAAAGAGAGAGACAAGAGUUGCUGGAGUUUAAAGUGAAUGAUGACAAGAAAACCCAGGAGCUGCUGGUGCGUGGCCGCGAUUCAGCGUCACAGGGCGGCGGGCAGAAAACCAUUGAGAACGAGCGGCAGAAGCUGCUCUCUGAGUUUGAGGGGCUGCGACAGUUUCUACACGACCAGGAGCACAUCCUCCUGGGCCAGCUGGAGAAGAUGGAGAAGAGCAUCGCCAAGAGGCAGAACGAGAACAUCACCGACCUCUCCAAGGAGAUUACACUCCUCAAUAAACUGAUCACGGAGCUAGAGGAGAAAAUCCAGCAGCCCAUGCUAGAGUUCCUCAAGGAUGUAAUGGCCAUCGUAAGCAGAAGCGACCAGGUGAAAUGUCAGAAGCCCGUACCGGUCUUCUCGGACAUGAAAACGCACGUCUGCAAUUUCUCUCUCAAGACCGUCGUCCUCGAGAAAGUCUUAAAGAAAUUCAGAGAAAACCUGCGAGACGAACUGGGAAAAGGUGAAAAAGAGGACCUGACCCUGGAUCCCGACUCGGCCAACCACCUCCUCAUCCUUUCUGCCGACCUCAAGAGCGUGAGGAUGGGCUGCAGGAAGCAAGAGCUGCCCGACAACCCCAAGCGAUUUGACACGAAUUCGCGGGUACUGGCUACCACGGGAUUCAACUCGGGAAGGCACUACUGGGAAGUUGAGGUGGGGGCCUCAGACGGCUGGGCCUUCGGGGUGGCCAGGGAGUCCGUGAGGAGGAAAGGCCUGACGCAGUUCUCCCCCGAGGAAGGCAUCUGGGCGGUGCAGCAAAACGGAGGUCGCUACUGGGCUGUCACCUCGCCCCAACGCACCCCGCUCUGCCUCAGCCAGAAGCUCAGCAAGGUCAGGGUCUGCCUGGAUUACGAAGGGGAAGAAGUGUCCUUCUACAACGCCGACAACAUGCAGCACAUCUUCACCUUCAACGUCCACUUCCAGGAGAAGGUGUUCCCCCUCUUUUCGGUCUGUUCCACCGUCACGUACAUCAAACUGUGCCCCUGAGAUUUACCGUGAGCUUCUCGGAGGGCCUGUUUCCACGGUCUUCACGGGACAGUGCCUGCACGGCAGAGAGAAGCACAAGGGACUCUUGGUAGACAAGCAGGCACAUAGGUAGAUGGAUAGAUAGAUACCCAGGAAAAAAAAAUCCUUACAGGGUCUUCAUAUCAGCUUAAAACACGGAGCAGCUGCUGAAGUAAUUAGCAGUUCCCAGGACAUUUCAGGCACCACCUUAAACCUGUCUCUGAACCAGCUGAACUCUCCUUCAGUGUGAAGACCACCACUGGUGCUUGGUGUGUGGUUUCAAGUCUGAUAACGGGCAGGUAUUUCCGUUUUCUGGUGCGGAUAUAAGGAUCGACAUCAGAGCUUGAGGGAAGUUUCGGCGUGGAUCCCGUCCCCCCUUCGAAAACGGUGAUGAACCGAAACUUAACUGUUUAGCGAGUCAGCUCCUGAAGAGAAUGGUGCAGAGCAGAACAUUUUGAACUUCCAUCCAAAGUCAAAAUGGGCAAAGCUCCUUUUUGUCUGGCAUAAAUAAAAUGAAAUUAGAAAGAAA